CCGAGAGGCUCGCAGCGCGAAGAUGGCGGCGUACAAAUUCCUCCUGCCGACGUUCAGCCGUCGCAUCCUCCUUCCCGCUGCGCGGGUGCGGGGCGCCGCGGCUGAGAUUUGUGGAUGCUAUUUUUCUACCAGCUCUCACUACAACACCAAAUUUUAUACUGAUGCUGUUGAAGCUGUGAAAGAUAUACCUAAUGGGGCAACUAUACUUGUUGGUGGAUUUGGAUUAUGUGGGAUCCCUGAAAACCUCAUUGGGGGUUUACUGAAGACUGGAGUAAAGGGAAUAACAGCAGUCAGUAAUAAUGCAGGUGUUGACAAUUUUGGACUCGGUCUUCUGCUUCAGACUAAGCAGAUAAAACGCAUGGUCUCAUCGUAUGUGGGAGAGAACGCUGAAUUUGAACGCCAGUAUUUAUCUGGCGAGCUUGAAGUUGAGCUUACACCUCAGGGUACGCUUGCUGAACGUAUUAGAGCAGGAGGAGCAGGAAUCCCAGCAUUUUACACUAGUACUGGCUAUGGGACACUGGUGCAGGAAGGGGGUGCACCUAUCAAAUACAAUACAGACGGCACUAUUGCUAUUGCCAGUCAGCCAAGGGAGGUGCGAGAGUUUGAUGGCCGUCACUUUAUUCUGGAGAAGUCAAUUACAGGAGAUUUUGCUCUUGUGAAAGCAUGGAAGGCUGACCGUGCAGGAAACAUCAUUUUCAGAAAAGCUGCACGGAACUUCAACCAACCUAUGUGCAAGGCUGCCAAGACAACUGUGGUAGAGGUAGAAGAAAUUGUUGAUAUAGGAGCAUUUGCCCCAGAAGACAUUCAUGUUCCCAAAAUCUAUGUUGAUCGCCUGAUAAAAGGAGAGAAGUUUGAGAAGAGAAUUGAACGCUUAUCAAUCCGAAAGCCUGAAGAUUCAAAAGCCAAACAAAAACAAGGAGACAAUCUGAGGGAAAGGAUCAUCAGACGGGCUGCUUUAGAGUUUGAGGAUGGCAUGUAUGCUAAUCUAGGUAUUGGAAUCCCACUGUUGGCUAGUAACUUCAUCAGUCCAGACAUAACUGUUCACUUACAGAGUGAAAAUGGAGUCCUGGGUUUGGGUCCUUAUCCACUUGAAAGUGAAGUAGAUCCAGACCUGAUUAAUGCAGGUAAGGAGACAGUCACUGUUCUUCCAGGUUCUUCCUAUUUCUCUAGUGAUGAAUCAUUUGCAAUGAUAAGAGGAGGCCAUGUUGAUUUGACAAUGCUUGGAGCCAUGCAAGUGUCUAAGUAUGGUGACCUGGCCAACUGGAUGAUUCCUGGUAAGAUGGUGAAAGGAAUGGGAGGUGCCAUGGACCUGGUAUCCAGUGCACAGACCAAAGUGGUUGUCACCAUGGAACACUCAGCCAAGGGUAAUGUCCAUAAAAUCUUGGAAAAGUGCAAUUUACCACUUACUGGGAAACAGUGUGUAAACCGCAUCAUUACAGAGAAGGCUGUAUUUGAUGUGGACAAGAAGAAGGGAUUGACCCUUGUGGAAAUCUGGGAAGGGCUGACAGUGGAUGAUAUCAAGAAGAGCACUGGCUGUGACUUUACGGUUUCUCCAAAACUAAUACCAAUGAGGCAGAUUUAAACGUGAAAUACAGACUGGGCUCAACCUGCCAGAAGGCUUGUUUCCAAAUGGGAGCUCAGUGAAAAGAAAUCAAUGAUUAUUUUUCAAUUAAUGUUUUUAUUGUUGUUGAUUGUUUUUUGAUUUUUCUUGUAAGCAGUUUCUAGAUAGUUAAACUCAACCUAUAACUAUAAGCUUAAAUUCUAAUUUACUUUCAUAGCGUUACCAAUCUUAAUGGAAGGCUGAAUUUAUUCUCUAAAUGUUGAAGAGUGUCAUGCUAAAAUGUAAAUGAACAGUGUUUUUAAAAAUGCCUUGUAGUUUCUCUGCUAAAUACUACAAUUUUUGCACAGUUUCAGAAAAUGACCAUGCAAAACUUAUGAUUGCCUCUGCUUUUUCUGUUGUCAUUAAACUUACAAAUUAUUCCACUGCUUUGUAACUACAGCACUUACCAUAUCCAUUCUCCUGUAAAAGUAUGGGGAUUUUUUCGUAUAGCUUAUGUACAUAGCUUUAAAGGCAUCAGGAGUAUGGACUUCCCUUUUUCUGAACCCUUUAGGGAGACUGACAAAACUAAACAGUGGCAAUAACUGGG